GGGUCGCUGAUCCCGUCGCGUGCGCUGACUUCCGCUUGGCCGGCCACCCGCCAGCAAAGCGAGAGGCGCGGGCCGGCAGUCAGAGAAGGCGGCGGCCAUGCAGGUCUCCAGCCUCAACGAGGUGAAGAUCUACAGCCUGAGCGCGGGCCGGAGCCUCCCCGAGUGGCUUUCUGAUAGGAAGAAGAGAGCACUACAAAAGAAAAAUGUGGAUGUUCGCAGAAGAAUUGAACUUAUUCAAGACUUUGACAUGCCCACAGUUAGCACAAAGAUUAAGGUAUCAAGGGAUGGACAGUAUAUUAUGGCAGCUGGAACAUAUAAGCCAAGGAUCCGGUGUUUUGAUACCUAUCAAUUAUCCCUGAAAUUUGAAAGAUGCUUGGAUUCUGAAGUGGUUACAUUUGAUAUUUUAUCAGAUGAUUACUCAAAGAUUGUCUUCUUGCAGUGUGACAGAUACGUUGAGUUUCAUUCACAACAUGGCCGUUAUUACAGGACAAGAAUACCAAAGUUUGGUAGAGAUUUCUCCUACCACUACCCAUCAUGUGACCUGUAUUUUGUAGGAGCAAGUUCUGAAGUAUACAGAUUAAAUCUGGAACAAGGAAGGUACCUGAAUUCUCUACAAACAGAUGCUUCGGAGAAUAAUGUCUGUGACAUAAAUCCCAUACACUGCUUAUUUGCUACUGGGACAGCUGAGGGGAAAGUGGAAUGUUGGGACCCUAGAACAAGAAAUCGAGUUGGUGUGUUGGACUGUGCUUUAAGCAGUGUAACAGCAGAUACAGAGAUAGAUGGCUUACCAUCUAUUUCAGCACUGAAGUUUAAUGGAGCUUUGAAUAUGGCUGUUGGCACAUCCACUGGGCAGGUUUUAUUGUAUGAUCUCAGAUCCAGUAAUCCAUUAAUAGUCAAAGAUCACCAAUAUGGCCUGCCUAUUAAAUCAAUCCAGUUCCAGGAUCCAUUAGAUUUAAUAAUAUCUGCAGAUUCACGAAUCGUAAAAAUGUGGAACAAGGACACAGGGAAAAUAUUUACUUCCAUGGAGCCAGAACAUGAUAUCAAUGAUGUCUGCCUUUAUCCUAAUUCAGGAAUGCUGCUGACGGCCAAUGAAGACCCUAAAAUGAACAUCUAUUACAUUCCAGUUUUAGGUCCUGCCCCAAGAUGGUGCUCAUUCUUGGACAACUUGACAGAAGAACUGGAGGAGAAUCCGGAGAGCACAGUUUAUGAUGAUUACAAAUUUGUUACCAGAAAAGACCUUGAAAAUUUAGGCCUUGCCCAUCUCAUUGGAUCACCACUACUUAGAGCAUAUAUGCAUGGCUUUUUCAUGGACAUACGACUGUAUCACAAGGUGAAAAUGAUGGUCAAUCCAUUUGCCUACGAGGAAUAUAGAAAAGAGAAAAUUAGACAGAAGAUAGAAGAAACACGUGCACAAAGAGUUCAACUAAAGAAACUUCCAAAGGUUAAUAAAGACUUGGCACUCAAGCUGAUUGAAGAGGAAGAGGAACAGCAGCCUACUAGAAAAAAGAAACAAAAGAAUCUGCCUAACAUUCUCACUGAUGACCGGUUCAAAGUCAUGUUUGAGAACCCAGAUUUCCAGGUGGAUGAGAAGAGUGAAGAAUUUAGGCUGCUUAAUCCACUCGUUUCUAAAAUAAGUGAGAAAAGAAAGAAGAAACUAAAGAUUUUAGAACAGCAAGAAGCACAAGAGCAGGAAGAGGAGGAAGAGCCAGAAGGGAAACCAAGUGAUGCAGAAAGUUCUGAGACUUCAGAUGAUGAGAGAGGCUGGGUUGAAGAGGUCAGGAAACAGCGCAAACUUCUACGCCAAGAGGAAAAAGUAAAACGGCAGGAAAGGUUCAAGGAAGGUCAGCAAACAACGUUGAAACCCCAAUUCCUUGAGCUUAAAACAGGGGAGGAAUUCAGAAGCUUCAAGGACUCUGCCAAAAAGCAAAAGUUAAUGAAAAAAACUCUUGGAGAUCGUUUGAAGCUUGAAGAAAAGCUUGGCACACUUAGUGUAUCUGAUACCACAGUAGGCAGUAAACAGAUGACAUUCAAAUUAAAAAAGUCAGGGCAGCAGAAGAAACAGCAGGAAGCUGAGAAGCAACAUCAUCAGGAGAGGAAAAAUAUCAGGCGUUCAGCAAGCCACCUCAAGAGUAAACGUGGUAGAAGAGGGCCAUUUUAAUUAUGUUUUAAAGAAACUGGUUUACUUUCACUUGCUACCUGGAAGGUGGGACUUUACAGCACAGACAUACUCCUUUUUGUAUCUAAAAGGUGGACACAAGAAAACUAGAACCUGUUAAACUGUAUGCGAGCUAAUGAGAAGUUCACAAAAUACUUGGAGUAUUUGGAGAAGACACCAUGAGGACAGUGUUACAAACUCAAAGUCUUGAUUUUGACUUGUGCAUGGAGCAGCAGUGACUGGUUAUUGUGUAACCCUGGAUGUGAUUUAUAUGAAAGUCCUGUCUGUGCAAACAGGACGUUAACUGUCUCUUUAAUUUGAGAAACAGCGAUUUUUUUUUUUAUAGCAUCAUGAAAUGUUCACUGUUUAAAUGUGGAUUGAAAAGUUUUAGGCUGCUAAGACCUGAGAUCAAGGGUUAAGUCAUUUUUCCCUAUAAUAGCUGACAUUAUAAACACACAAAAUAGGAAUCACCAUAGCUUUGGGUAUUGCUGUUGUCCUGAUAGCAGAUUAAAUCAAACACAACCCUGAGCAUUGGCUUUGGUAUGUACUGGUAAGUAAGGCCAUAAUUCAGCAAAGUAGUUAAGUGCCUAAAUGUCUGUAAGUUGAAGUCAAUGAGACUAGUCGCAUGUGUAAAGUUAGGCACAUGAUUAGUACCUCGAUGAAUCAAGGCUUAAAUUAGGAAGUGACCAGUAUGUUCAGUGCUGUGUGAACAUGGGGCCUGAUCAUGCAAACCCUUCAUUUAUGCAAGCAGUCCUCACCCACAUGAAUUAGUACCAUUAACUUCAAAUGUUGCAGGAUUGGAAUCAUGUCAAGGAACAUACUGUAAAUGGGAUGUCUAUCAAAUGCUUUAAAGAGAACUUAGUUGUAACUUUAAAUCCUACACUUUUCAACGGGGGUGAAAUUAAUUUCAGUGCAGAGAGGGCAAAUACAAGGCUCUAGGCAAUGGAAUGAAUUCUGCCUUAAGUGUUUUGAAUCUUAAAAUAAUUUAUUCAUCAUUUAAAAAAAAUCUGAUACCUCUUUGGCUAGUCCAAAUAAAUUGUGAACUUUCUGGAUAGAGCCAGUUUUCAAAAUCUCCUUAAUUCAAAGCACUGAGCAGUGAUCUUCAGACUUGGGACAAUGAGAUCAUCUAGCCUGAUUUCUAAAUAACACAGACUAUAUAACUUCAUCCAGUGACCCCUGUAUUGAUCCCAGUAAUGUGUGUAUGACUAAAGGAUAUAAUCAAGAAAAACAUCCAGUCUUGAUUUGAAGAUAUCAAGAGAUGGAGAAACCAUAAUUUCCCAUUUUAGUUUUUUCCAGUGGUUAAUCACCCUCCAUUAAAAAGUUAUGCUUUGUUUCUAAUUUAAUUUUAUCUUUAACUUCCAACUCUUGGUUCUUUAUAUGCUUUUUUUUUUUUUUUUUUUUGGUGGGGGGGGGAGUGCAAGAUUAAGUACCAGGUAUUUUAUGUCAAGUUGCCUUUCAGUCUUCUUUUUGAUUGAGGUCCUUCAGUGUCUCUGUGAAAGAGUGUAUUAGGUCCAGAGGCCCUCGGCUGGAGGCCUCAGGGUCCUACCACACCCUGUCCCAGAAAGGAGCAGUAGAGAAGUCUUCCAGUCUGCCUAAAGGGGCUGUGGGGGAUGCAGCUAAUUGGAGAGAGGCUGCAGGUAAGCAGCCAAUCAGGGCCCACCAAGGCCAUAUAUAAAAGAAGUUGGCGUACAAGAGACAGUCAGUUGCUGCCUGGAGCUGGAGGCAUGAGGGCUGUGUUCCUGGCUGAUUGCAGGAACGGCAGGACCACAAACAGUUCAGUUGCUGGCAAGAUCUGGGGGAGCAAGAGGGAGCUCCUGGCUGGCAGCUGGGACUGAGUAAAAGACUUCAGCCUUAUGGAGUUACUUUCACCUGGUGGCAUACACACCUGGUUUCCCACUGGCAGCUUGGAAUAAUCGCCCAGGUCUCCAGCGGUGAUUUAAAGGACCUGAGGCAGCGGCAGCCGGAGCCUCGGGCUCUUUUAAAUCGCUGGCCCCGGAGCAGCUGCUCCCUUUGCCCCACCAUUGGCGGCCGGGGGGAGAGGGGGAGGCAAAAGGGGCAACGAUGUUAAAGCGUUGCCGCGGCAGUGCUUUAAAGAUGGUCCUUUGCCGUGGCAGUGCUUUAACUAUAGGGUUAUUAUGCCUAUUAAGUAAGUCUUCGGAUUUCAAGAACUGUUCCGUCCUCCAAAAUGUGCAGUUCCUGAAAUGACAGGAGUAGGCUUCUGUAGGCUACCAGCCUCCCCACAACUCCAGUUGCAGAGCCUGGGGGGGGAGUUGUGAUUUUUAACUUAUGAUUCUCUCAGCACUUCUUUCACUGUGAUUAAACCAGCUGUGCCUAAGGAGUUUGUGCCCUCUGCCAAUAUAUUGAAGUUCAGUUUUCAAAAAGUAACAUUUUCUACCCUUGAUAUUCCAAAACGAUUUUUUUCUGUGCUCUGGCACUGGGCUAUUUGAGACAACCCUCUGUCUUGUCCUAUUCCAAGCCCUUCGCCCUCUACAAGCUAUAAUACCGCCAAAGCUUCCCCACACUGCAGAAGCCUGGCUCCCCAUAGCUUCUUGCACUGUUACAAGAGGAAGCAUUUGUGUACUUACGUUGACAUUCUGGCCCAGGCCAACAGGCAGGUUGAGUACCAAAGGCAAAGCAACUUGCAGCAAGAGGAAAGAUAUGGUGAGAGGCUGGCUUGGCAGCUUGAGCAUAGGGUAGCAGAACAGGAGCAGACAUUUGUUUGCAGUUCCUGGAACAGGAAUGGCAGUGAAGGGAGGAUGAUAGAGUGCACGAGAGAGAACUGUGAGCAGCUGCUGUCUCUAAUAGUCAUAAGACAUACCCCUCUGCAGUAACCUGGUCUGCAUUCCAAGAACAGCUUGGACAAUUGCAUAGCUGGGUGGGCCAUGCAGUUGGGCCAUAUGAACAGUGGGAUGCAUGCAGUCCUCAGUGCUGAACCCCUCCCUUGUGGAUGCCUCCCCCCUUGCUCCAGCCUCAAGUGUGUGGCAAAAGUGGAAGGAAUGGAAAGGAGAAUGGGAGGACGGGACAUUCAGUAGUAAUGAGGGGCGGUGUCUUGUACAUCAUUCCACUGAUUGUACUUGUUUAUGCACUUUGUGCUUGGUUACUUUAAAGCUUUUUGUGUUGCUGGUGUAAUGGCAGCUGGCUUGCCAGGCAGUGGUUUAAUAGUGUACUUGUCCAAUAUAUGUGGGAAAAAAUUAUAAAGAAAUUUUAUUGCCCUCAUUGCAACACAUCAGCUAAUGUGUUUUUCAAGUAAUAAAGGUCAACACAUGAUCAGGGACAA